CCUUUCUGCCGCCAUGCCGCGGUGCCCGGCGUCGGCGUGAGAGGCGAGACACGGGUCCCAGCGGCCAUGUGGAGCCUGGCGGGCUGGGCCGUGCUGGUGGCCCUGGGCGAGUGGCUGUGGGCGGGCGGCCUGGUGCCCCUGGCGGAUUUCUACCCCUUCGGACCAGCGCAGGGCGACGCCGCCACGGGGAAGCAGGAUGACGGCGGCUCCGAGCUGCGGCCCCUCGCCGUCCCCUUCCCGUUCUUCGGCGCGGGGCACACUGGCCUCUACGUGAACAACAAUGGGAUCAUCUCGUUCCUGAAGGAGGUUUCCCAGUUCACGCCGGUGGCUUUCCCCAUCUCCAAGGACCGUCGAGUGGUGGCUGCUUUCUGGGCAGAUGUGGACAACCGGCGGGCAGGCGAUGUGUUUUACCGGGAAAGUACUGAGCAGCCCAUCUUGGAGAGAGCCAGCAGGGACAUCGUGCAGUACUUCCCUGAGUUCCCGCACUUCUCUGCGCAGUGGGUCUUCAUCGCCACCUGGUACCGAGUCACCUUCUUCGGAGGCAAUUCAUUCUCCCCCGUAAACACUUUCCAGAUCAUUCUCAUCACAGAUGGCAAGCUGUCCUUCACCAUCUUCAACUAUGAGUCCAUUACUUGGACCACGGGUAUGCAUGCCAGCAGUGGGGGGGACUUUGCUGGACUCGGUGGCAUCGCAGCACAGGCAGGUUUUAACGCUGGUGAUGGAAAGCGCUACUUCAACAUCCCCGGAUCCCGCACCGAUGACAUCGCUGACGUGGAGAUGACGACAAAUGUGGGUAUCCCCGGGCGCUGGGUGUUCAGAAUCGAUGAUGCCCAGGUGCAAGUGGGGGGCUGCAGCAAUACAACCUCUGUCUGCCUGACCCUGCGGCCCUGCCUUAAUGGGGGGAAGUGUAUUGAGGACUGCAUCACGGGGAACCCCUCCUACACCUGCUCCUGCCUGGCCGGCUUUACUGGGAAGAGGUGCCAUAUUGAUGUGGAUGAAUGUCUCUCCCACCCAUGUCAGAAUGGAGCCACCUGCCUCAAUGGUGCUGGCAGCUUCAGCUGCAGGUGCCCACUGGGCUUCAGAGGUGCCAGCUGUGAGACUGAAGAGUUGCCAUGUGAGAACAAGGUGUGCCAGAACAAUGGGACAUGCCAGGUGGCAAAUGGGACAGCAGUGUGCUUGUGCCAGCCAGGGUACACAGGAGCUGACUGCCAGACAGAGGUAAACGAGUGCGAGUCCAGCCCGUGCCUGAACGGUGGGCACUGCGUCGACUUGGUCGGUAACUACUCCUGCCUGUGCCUGGAGCCCUUCGUGGGACAGCGCUGUGAGACAGACUUGUCCUCCUGCGAGGACCGGAGCUGCCGGAACCGACAGACCUGCAACUACAUCCGCCCAGGCCGCUACAUCUGUACUUGCUCCCCGGGUUAUUAUGGCAGCAACUGCCAGUAUGGUGGGCCCCGCAUGCCCAGUGCCUGCUUCUCCCAUCCAUGCCAGAAUGCAGGCAGCUGCCUGGAGAUGGAGCAGGGCUACAUCUGCGAAUGCCAGGAGGGCUACACUGGGCAGGACUGUCGAGACAAGCUCUCAGAUGGCUGCGAGUGUCGCAAUGGAGGCAGUUGUCUGGAGGGAAACGUCACUGUCUGCCAGUGCCCACCUGGGUUUUUUGGUCUCCUCUGUGAAUUUGAAGUCACCACCACACCAUGCAACAUGAACACGCAGUGCCCAGAUGGUGGGUACUGCAUGGAGUAUGGUGGGAGCUACCUCUGUGUCUGCCACACUGACUACAGCACCAACCACACGGUGCCAUCCCCCUGUGACUCGGAGCCCUGCCUGAAUGGGGGGUUCUGUGAGGUUCAUGAUGACUCGUACACCUGUGAGUGUCCUCGAGGCUUCCUUGGCAAGCACUGUGAGAAAGCCAAGCCACGGCUCUGCAGCACAGGGCCCUGUCGCAAUGGGGGCACCUGCAGGGAGGCGGAUGGCGAGUACCAUUGCACCUGUCCCUACCGCUUCACUGGCAAGCACUGCGAGAUUGGUAAGCCGGACCCCUGUGCCUCAGGGCCCUGCCAGAACGGGGGCACCUGCUUCCACUACAUUGGCAAGUACAAGUGCGACUGUCCCCCGGGUUAUGCUGGCCGCCACUGCGAGAUCGUGCCCUCCCUGUGCUUCCUUAGCCCCUGUGAGAACGGUGCUACCUGUGAGGAUCUUGGUGGGGACUACACUUGCACGUGCCCUGUGGGCUAUGUAGGGAAGCAGUGCCAGUCUGAGGUUGAUUGUGGUAUCCCCAGUGAGGUGAAGCAUGCCCAGGCCUCUUUUAACUCCACCAAGGUAGGCUCACUGGCUGAAUACCAGUGUGAGCCAGGCUACAUCCUGAGCCAGCACAACCACCCCCGUGUCUGCCGCCUACCAGGUGUCUGGAGUGACCCCCCCGAAUGCAGUGAGAUUGAUGAGUGCCAGUCCCAGCCCUGUGUGAAUGGUGGCCAGUGCAAGGACCGUGUUGCUGAGUUCCUGUGCCUCUGUGAGCCAGGUUACGCUGGUCCCCACUGCGAGCUGGAUGUCGAUGAGUGCCAGUCAGAGCCCUGUAAGAACAGUGGGACCUGCCAGGACCUCCCUGGGUCCUUCACUUGCUACUGUCCCAAGGGCUUUGUGGGGACCCACUGUGAAACAGAAAUGGAUGCCUGUGAGUCAGGCCCCUGUCGAAAUGGAGGGGAGUGUGAAAGCUACAGGGGCUCCUACCUCUGCGUGUGUCCAGAGGGUUUCUUUGGCUACCACUGCGAGACAGCCAGUGACCCAUGCUUCUCCAGCCCCUGUGGGAGCAGAGGCUACUGCCUGGCCAGCAAUGGCACCCACAGCUGCACCUGCAAAGUCAGCUACACAGGCAAGAGCUGCGAAAAAGAAUUGCUGCCACCAACCUCAUUAAAGGUGGAAAGGGUGGAGGACACUGGUGUGUUGAUUUCUUGGCACCCACCUGAGGACGCAGCCGCCAGGCAGCUGAUUGACGGCUACGCCGUGACGUACGUAUCCCUCGACGGCUCUUACCGCAGGACAGAUUUUGUGGACCGAAGUCGUUCUGCCCACCAAUUGCGGGCACUCGCCUCCGGCAGAGCCUACAAUAUUUCUGUCUUUUCAGUCAAACGCAACGUGAACAACAAGAAUGAUAUCAGCAGGCCCAUCAUGCUCACCACGCGCACUAGACCGCGUCCGGUGGAAGGCUUUGAGAUCGUGAACGUGACGGCCAGCACCAUCAUGGUGCAGUGGGCUCUCCACAGGCUCAAGCACUCCACUGUCAGUAGGGUGCGUGUCUCCAUCCGCCAGCCAGGGGACCUGGUGGACCGCACCGUGGAGCUGAACAGCAGCGUGGCCAAGUAUACCUUCCUGGACCUGCAGCCAGGAGAGAAGUACAUUGUUCAUGUCACCACACUGAGUGGCCUGGGGACAGAAGACCACCUCUCAGAGAGUCUGGCUAUGACCCCCUUCCACGUGUGGACUAGGCCUCUCCCCCCCCAAAAUCUCACUGCCUCCCGUGUCACUGUCACUGCUGUGUCCAUGGCAUGGGAACAGCCACCUGCUGGCACUGUGGAGGGGUACAUCAUCAAUGUCACUACCAGUCAGAGCGUGAAGAGCCGCUACGUGCCCAAUGGGAAGCUGGUGUCCUACACGGUGCGGGACCUGCUCCCAGGGCAGCGGUACCGCCUCUCCGUGACGGCCGUGCAGAACACGGAGCAAGGCCAAGUGCACAGCGAGCCUGCCCACCUCUACAUCACCACCUUGCAGAGGGACGGGGCUUUGGAGAGACGCUGGAGCCAAGCGAAGCCUAACCCCCGGGUGCUGCGCAACAGGCUGCCCCCAGCUUUCCUGCCCGAGCUCCGCUUGCUCGCAGAUCGUGACACUGCUGAGGAGCCCUCGCCAGCUCCCAGGUUCACUGAGCUGGUGGAUGGCAGAGGGAGGAUCAGUGCCAGAUUUGGCACUGCACUGGACAAAUCCAUCACUGUGAAAACACAGCCAGAGGCUCCAUUGAAGCUGGAGAAUGUGGAGGUGUCCAGCCAGGGCAGUCUGGUGCUGCAGCUGCACAAGUCAAAGAGCAAGAGUGAGGAGCAGAACUGCUCAGUGAGCCCCUGCAGGAAUGGAGGCACCUGCACCAGGGACUCUGAAUCCUACCACUGUGACUGUCCCCCAGGGUUCAAGGGCCAGCUCUGCGAGCUAGCCUGCAAGAAGGUGCCACACUCCUGCACACGGCUGUACUUGGAAACCAGGUCAUUCCCCAUGUGGGAAGGAGGCACCUGCCACUACCUGUACAGGAGAGUCUACAAGGUACACCAGGAUAUCUGCUACAAGGAGAACUGUGAGAGCACUGCUUCUAAGAAGACCACCAACAGAAAAACAAGCAACAGUCACACACUGAAGAAACCACAGAGGCUCAAAGCAGUAGAAGCUUCAUCUUUCCAUAUCUAAGGGUUUUUGAAACACCAGGACAAUCAUAUCUGCCCCCUGGGUUGAAUACUGGGGGACUCUUUAUGCUUGGCAUCAGCCUCUCCCUGCCACGCUCGCAGAUGGAUAGGCAUGCUGAGCAGCAGCUCCCUUCUCUCUACCAGACCAGCUCUGCCCUUGCUCCAGCUACAUCUUCUGCCCCCCAGGAACUAAGCACCAGUGUACCACAGCAGCUGGCUGGCUAUCCCUGAGGGCACCAGCCCUGCUCUUGCCCCCUUGUCACUCAUGACUGAUAGGCUCCUAGCUCUGCUCAGGCACUGGCAGGUCUGAGCCUGGCGCUCUGUCAAAAGCUUCUGCACCAACCAAUUUUCAUAACUCAAGGUUAUAAACUACCAAUAACCCCCAAAUAAAACAGUUUAAUGCAGAUCAAAAAGCUUUAGCUAUCACCUGAGAUGUGGCCCACAAAAAUAGGGUUGAAGACCUUCCCUGUGCAGACCAGUUAGAAAUAGCGAGCAGCUUCAUUGAGCAGUGAUGCAAGCAUGGGCAGUAGAUGGGUAUCCUCAUCUCCUCUACUCUAGUGAGGGAAACUGGGGGAGCUUCUACUGAUGUUUUUUUUGGGGUUUUAUUUGCAUUGUAAACGUUUCCUGUUUACAAUUUAAACCAAAUUCUCACCUCUGAAAUCAACAGAGCACCUAGAAAGAAUUUAAGUGAUCUUCAGGGUGAAAUUUGUCAGCUGAGGUGCAACACCAUGCUUGUUCUGACUAAUCCUCUCUGGGCUGGUGCAGGGUACAGUAUGGGCUUAGUGACAAAGCAAGCUCCUUGUCCCAUUGCCCUUGAACUGCUCCUAGUGUUUGCAUUCCAGCUGGUGCCAAAAUGACAGUGCUGUGUUGCUUGCAGAGAAGAGCAGCAUACAGUGGCUGCCCCACCAGCUGCAGCAGGACAGGGAAGGAAAAAGUGUAGCUUAGAAACAUUCCUAGUUUUUGUGAGUUUGUAUGACAGCGACAGUUAAACAUAGAUUUGUGUAUGGGGUGCACAGUGUAUAUUCUAAAUCCAUACCAGAGAGAUAUUGUAGUUAGGGUUAGAGUCGUGUUUUCCUAGCAGCCUUGGUGGGCAUGGUGGCAGGGCAGCCCUCUCUCCUCCCAGAAGCUCUGCAGGGUGCUUUAUUGUUCAGCCAUGUGUGCCAAGCUGCAGCCUGGAAGAUGCUGAGUGGAACAGGCCUGAGAGUUUUGGUGCUUCUGGCACCACCCUCUCCCUCCCAGGAGCACUGUAAGAGUGCUCAGGCCAGAGAAGUGCAUCCAGCAGGAGCCUGGGAGCAGCAGGAAGAAGGUAAAGCCAUGACAGGCUAGUCAGUGUGAUGCUCCCUUCCUCCAUGGGCUCUAGCUCUGCUCUCGGCAGAGAAUGGAGAUGGACGUCCCUUGUUUUCUGCCAAGGCUGACUGAUCCUGCUGCAGCCCCUCUCCUGCAAGAUGAGCACAGGUGUCCUGCCUCCCUCCCCCCCCACACCUAUGAAGUCAGCCUAGCAUGGAAGAGCAAGGCAAGGGGAAAGUCAGAAUAGCUUCUGCUCUCUGGGAGGGAGAUUUUGGGCCUGUGGUCAGAAAAGCCUUUGCUCCUCUACCUAGUCAGCCUCCACCGCCCCCACCACAGAAAAUGAAGGCAGAGACGGCCCUGCCCUGGGCCAGUCCAGUUGCAGCAGGUCCUGGAGCCUGCAGCCACAGGACAGCAUGGUUCUGUGAGCCAGCCCAUCAGCCUCCACCUCUCCCCCCACCCCCAGCACACCACCUAAUGCAGCCCGCAGGUCUUGACCUAGCCUUGGAAAUAAAUUAGCCCUUCAGGUUUGAGAUUUUUUAAAAAUUUUUAAUAAAAACACUUUAAGGAAACUGGAUAA